AUGUGUGACGUCCCUUUCUUUCCGAUCUUCCCUAUCUGCUUCCAAUGCGGCACUGAUCAGAACCCUUGUAACUGCAAGGUAAUUGGCCCGACACUCGGUAAGUUCGGUUCUUCGGUCGUCUGUUACCCCCUAUCGAUCUUCUGUGGCUGCGGCUGCACUCAAACUGGAAAGGAGUAUGUCCUGCCGUCCUGUACCUCCUUGAUUCCCCGACUGACAAAUAGUAGCAUGCUGGGAUACCCCGUCAAACUAAAUCGGAAAGUCAGUGAUGCCAUUCCGAUCUGA